AUGUAUUUCUCUCUUUUUGCUGCACUAUGUGGGACUUUAGGUAGUGAGUGUGUAAACUUUCAAGGGUCGUAUUGUAGACUCCAGAGCGAGCUCAGCCGCUUUCCUGUCCCUUAUUCUCAGAGCAUUUCUCGAAACUUUUCAAUUUCACCUUUUCAUGUACUCCGUAAUGUCAUCUCCAUUAUCUACGUGCGAAUACAUACAGAAGCACAGAGGGUAGAAAACCAACCCGCACCGAAAACAAUCCCUCUUCCAUCACCGUUGAGCCGCUUCCGUCAUCCCAAGCCGCCGCCGAUGUUCCAAGUGCUGUUACGCAGACCAUGCGACUACACCAAUCGGCAGUCCGAGAACGAGCUCAAGACGCGGAUCCAAGAGCUCGAGUCUCUCGUUGCCAACCACGUCAGCACUCUCUCCCCGCAACCUCAGUCCAUCUCGGCGUCGUCCACUCAGGGCACCGGCAGUCUAUCAUGCGCAUUCUAUCCUGCCGCCCUCCGCUUCCAGAAGCUCUUCCUGGAUACGGACAUUCAGACCCGCCCCGAUGCUCCGCCGCCGCCCUCGAGUGAUAUGAUCCCGGGCACCGUUCUGCUUCACCUGGGCGACCAGGCGCAGAGCGCCAUCAUCAUGGCACAAUACUUCCAGACCAUCCACAAGUGGAUGCCCAUCAUCAGCCGAGUGCGACUAUCCUCUCUUGCUGACGCAGAGCUUGGUGGCCGUAUGAGGGCGGACUUCGCCUUGCUGCUCCUCGCCAUGAAGCUCAUCCAGCACGUACCAGGCAGCUCAUCCAACGCUGUGCGAGAUGGGCUAUACAUCUGCGCCAAGGAGUUUGCAGCUUCCCUGGAGAUUGCGGGCGUUUAUACGCUGCUCAAGCUGCAGGCGAACCUGCUCAUCGCGGUGUAUGAGAUGGGACAUGGCAUAUUUCCCGCCGCGUAUAUCUCCAUGGGAUGCUGCGUGACACAGGCCAUGGUUCUUGGCAUUCACCAUCGAGAAGCUCCUCAGGUUCUGGAACAGCCGCGGACUUGGAUAGACUGGGAAGAGAGACAGCGCGUCUGGUGGCUGGUUGUCAUACUCGAAAGAUACAUCACCUCUGUUGGCGACAAUCGGCCUCUUCUAUCUGCCGACCCCAAGACCACAUCUCAUCUUCCCGUCAACGAUGACGCCUGGGACUCUGGACAAGCUAUGUAUCCUGAGCGUCUCAUCCUAUCCUCCUCCAAACACUUAUCCGCAAGCCCUUUCGCCCGCCUAGCUCAGGCCUCCCAUCUGCAAGGCGAAGUCAUCAAGCACUGCAACGACGAUACGCAGAGCCUAGCACACGUGCAGAACGACGUCGAGGUCCUCAGUCAGGUCAUAUGGUCCUUUUUAGAGGUCAUCAGCAAAGACAGAUCGAGCAUGAUGCACUUUUACAGCGCCGUUGGCGUGUGUCUCAGCGCCCUGAUGAAGCUUUGUGAUCAUCACUCUUGCGACUCAUUCGCCAUAUACAACGACAGAGCCCUCGACGUAACCGAAAUGGCCCUCGCCCGCGAGAUUGCCCUCCGCUGUCAAGCCAUCAUGAAGGACUGCAUCGCCAAGGCAAUGUCCUUUGUGGAAGUCCUCGGCGAAAUGGUGCAGGACCAGGAGUCCAUCGAGAAUCUCGCCAGCCUGUCGCCCUGGUUCGUGGACAGCAUCUACCAGUGCCUGGCGAAUCUCGUCUAUCUCACGGCUACGUCGGUUUCUGUGGAUGCAUCGGGGUACACUGCGCAGGUGUCGCUGUGUCUGGAGCUACUACGGAAGGCGAAUCGUAGAUGGAAUGUUGCGGCAGGAGCAUAUCUCGAGGCCAUCGACUUGGUAGAACAAGAACUCAAACGCAAUCCAUCAUUCUUCAGCCAACCCUAUACUCCCUCACCGUCACAUCGAGCAUCCCUGAGUACACUCAUAUGGAGUUAA